UAGUUUCGAUUGCUGCCGAUAGGGCUGUAGAUUCUGUGGCAGCCCAGCUGUCACUGUUUUCUCCAAGGAAUAAUGGAUCUUAAUUUGCGAAAAUGAGAGGGUAAAGGCAACUCUACUUUGUCAAUACCGAAAUUUUGUCACCAUUAGCUGGUUACUGGUCAGCUGGGUGUCGGAAUCACGCUAUUUCGAUACCAUGUCGGGUACACUCUUUUGUAUAGGUUAAGUUUACUAAUAACUCUUCAAGAAAACUACAUAGAUAGCAGUCAUUAUCAGUUCUGAAGGAGUACUCCCCGACCAAAUUUACAAUGUUUGCCGCCCUCAAGAGAAUGACGGGGAAGGGGGAAACCCCGAUCACCGGAGUAUUACCUGCUGCUCCUCGCCCAGGCCUUCAAUCAAUGGCACAUAAUUUGCAACGCAAGUUUGCACGUGGCGUACAGUACAACAUGAAAAUAAUCAUUAAAGGUGACAGAAAUGUCGGUAAAACUGCCCUGUUCCACCGUUUAAAAGGAGAGAAGUUCAUUGAGGAGUACAAUCCCUCUGAAGAAAUACAGGUUGCAAGUAUUCAGUGGAGCUAUAAGGCCACUGACGACGUUGUCAAAGUUGAAGUUUGGGAUGUUGUUGACCGAGGGAAAAAGAAAAAGCGGAUUGAUGGUUUAAAGCUUGAAAAUGCCGGCCCUGCCAUUGACCUUCCAGAGGAACCAGUUCUAGAUGCGGAAUUCUUAGAUGUGUAUAAAGGUACCAAUGGUGUCAUCAUGGUUUUGGAUAUCACCAAGAAUUGGACGUUUGAAUAUGUUCAGAGGGAACUACCAAAAGUGCCUGCCCACAUCCCUGUCCUUGUUCUAGCCAAUCAUUGUGACAUGUCUCAUCACCGUGUUAUUACACCAGAUCACAUUACUUAUUACAUUGAAAGUCAGCAGAGGCCUGAUGGUUGUGCUCAAAUUCGGUAUGCUGAGUCAUCAAUGAGGAAUGGUUUUGGACUGAAGUACUUGCACAAGUUUCUGAACUUACCUUUUCUCCAACUGCAACGUGAAACACUUCUUGCUCAGCUGGAGACUAAUGCCAAUGAAACAACAGCUACUGCAACAGAACUUGAUGCAUUCCAGGCUGGACCUGAUGCUGACUACAACCAAUUUCUUGAGAACCUUGUGAACAAACGGCGUCAACUGGCCGAGUCUUCAUCUUCUGCUGGGGCUGGGACACAAGCUCAGUCUUUUACGGGCCUAGGUCAUGCCCCUCCUGGCUUAGCCCAUUCAUCCACUAAUCAGCUGCCGGCUCCAGGCAACCUGGGAAAUGAAUCCAACAUGCGACGGAGCUCCUCUGUCCCAGUGGGUCCUAUUGGAGGAGGUCACCCUAUUGGAGGAGGGCACCCUAUUGGAGGUGGACAACCCAUUGGUGGAGGUCAACCUAUUGUUGCAGGACCCUCUCGAAAUUCUGAUCACUCGACAUCAACACCUACAUCACUUAAUACAUCAUCAGUACCAGAGAAACGUGCUGGAGUUGACUCAACAGAUGGUUCUGCUGAAUCUGGAAAGAAGCAGACUGGGCUCAUAUCCAAAAUAUUUGGAAAGAAGGAGCCAACAGAAAAUGAAAAACAGUCCGAUUUAUCUUUUGAAGUGGUACAAAGAGGCUCUGUGGGUAAUGUGAUUAGUGUGGAGGAGUUUGUGCCGGAUGAAGGUGUAUUAGAUCGCUCAUUUUUGGAAGAUUCAACUCCACAAGCUAAUAGCCCGCAAGCCCAACAGUCUGUUGACUCAGACAGUUCCCCCUUUGAACCAAACAGUGAUGCGGAAGCUGAUGGAAAUCCUUUGGUUGCUGGUUUCCAAGAUGACAUUGAUUCAGAUGAAGACCUUACUCAACCAUUGCAAGGUGUGAUAAUUGCAGAUGUGGAAACUGAAAAUGAUCAUGGUGACGAAAUAUCUGCACCUGAUGUGACACCAAGCACACCAAAGUUGCCAUCACCAUUACCUGAGAGAAAACUGUCAACUUCAUCAAGCACUGACAAAAAGUCAGUUCAGGAUGAAGGAUCGCUUGAUGGAGAAGUCUCAAAUAUAACAGGAGAUGCACUUGAUGCAUGGUUGAGUUCAGAUAGUAAAUGGAGGAGGAGCCCAGAAGGUGGGGAGGAUAAUGCCUCCCGAGAUUCAGGAGCCUCUCGUGGGUCAAGGGAGGUGGAAGAUGGACUGACAAACGAUGAAAAAGAUGUUCCACUCACUGCUGAGAAAAAGAAGAAGAUCAAGAAGGACAAAGAAGUGGAUAAGGUUGAGGAGAAGGGGAGUGGAAAGAAGCAUAAGAAAAAAUCCAAGGAGAAGGAAAAAGAUAAAGAAAAAAAGAGAAAGUCAAGUAAAAAAUUGCACUCAGAGGAACGAAGCAGAGAUGAGCUAGAAGAGUUUUUAAAUGGUGCUGCUUCAUCUCCAGUGGAAUCAGCAUAUGAGGCCAUAUAAAUGGCAGCCUAUACUUGAGUAUUUUUUAUCUGUUUGUGCCAUUUCAAUCCAUGUCAAGCUCAAACAUUUUCCAUUUAACAUUCCAGUCAUUAAAAUAUUCUUAGGGAGUGGUUGAUGAUAUGGGUAUGUCAUAGAGGAGGUGUCACAGACUGGUGUUCUUAGAGCAGGUCUAAUUCAUGUUCUGUGGACAGUCAGUAUGUGAUUUCUGCUCUUAAAAAAUUGUGAUGGUUUUUAAUGCUGUAUUUUAUUGAAAUUUAUGUAGGUUCAGAGUACUUAAAAACUUUACUUUUUCAAUUGAAGCUUAAUUACAUAAAACUAUAUAAGUUUCAAGUACUGUCCAGCUAAUUUUUAAAAUUUACAUCAGCUGUCUUUUUUUGUUUGUGCAUGCACAAAAAUUUGAUUUCUCUACUCCAAAAGGUAAAGCAUGCAGGUCUUACAGCUCAUGUACUUACAGAGAAUGGCUUCUAUUUUUGCCAAUCAAUCUAUUAGCAUAAUUGUCAUAACUGUGUGUUUCUCAUUACAUUUAAUAAAUCAAUUACAUUUGCUAAUCAUCAAAAACUAUCUAAAAAUGAUUUUUUAAACUCUCAAGAGGAAACUAAUUUAGACUAGAGCUGGAAACUCUUGACUGAAAAAUUCAAAUUGCUAACAAAUUGUGGGAUUUCCUAAACUUGUUCCUAAUUUAAUGAGUCUUUCCAAGUUGAUCACAGUAUCAUCUUGUCAAAAAGUGAGCUUAGAAAAUUACUUGUACAAUAGCUCAGAAGAGAAACAAUUGAAUUUGGACGUGAUCACUGAGACAAUUGUGGUUUGUUACUUUAUUAUUGUGUUUUUGAGCAGUUUUGGUGAAAAUUUCAGUCAAGCUCUUCUUUGGACAAUGUACUUGUCUUCAAGCUAUACUUCCUAAUAAGUUUUUUGCAAGUCAUUUACAAUGAGUUUCAAGACAUAAAACCUGUGGGAACUGGCUGUGACUAGAAAAUCUCGAUGCAUAGUGAUCUUUAUGGUAAUUACCCCUCAAGGACUGUUAUCGUAACUUAUAAUGAAACAUUUAUUACUGCCAGCACUGCUUGGAAAUUCAAUUGUCAGUGAUGGUUAAUUUAUGUACUUUUGAAAGUUUUAUGUUACUGUUGUCUUGUCUUUUAAUUAGUGCCUUUACAGUAUGUGCAUUUUUUUUUCGUGUUAUACUACGCCUAUUUAUAGACAAAUGAGAUUUUUUUAUAUUGGUUGGUAACUUUUAUUCCAUGUUGCUUAUCAUCAUUCGCUUCAUACUGUGUGUUUGUGCUGUCGAUGGAUAGCUAUGCCAAAGCUCUCACUACAUGAUUUUACCUAUAUGCUUGAUGAGGUUGUUAAUACUGUACUACUCUUUCAUCAGGAGGUUUAAAGAAAUCAAAAAUUAUCUAUCUAACUCCGGUGUAAUUUUCUUGACCAUAGCAAGGAGCUGCAUUGCUUUCUUGGAACUUAUAAAUAUGUAUCUCAUUGCUUGUGAGGUCAAUUUUUCUUAUCUGUGCUACUGAAAUUAUUAAAAAUGAGACUAUGUUUUGUUGGCUGAUAAUCGUCAAUAAACCACAAAUUAUAUUGUU